AAUUACCUGGAUCUUCAGUCUGCCGUCAGACUGCUACAAGUGUCGUGAUCCGCUGAGGACUUAAAUAGGAGUGACCUCGGGGCUGGGAGAGAGAAGUGGGAGAGACAGGCUGACCGAAGCUAUCGUGCGGACAUGUCUGAGCCUAUUAGAGUUCUGGUGACCGGCGCUGCUGGGCAGAUUGCCUAUUCUCUGUUGUUCAGCAUUGCCAAGGGAGAUGUCUUUGGCAAAGAUCAGCCAGUCAUCUUGCUCCUUUUGGACAUUACGCCCAUGUUGCCAGUCCUGGAUGGUGUUGUCAUGGAGCUACAGGACUGUGCACUCCCACUUCUGAGAGAUAUUAUCCCCACUGACAAGGAGGAAGUGGCCUUCAAGGACCUGGACGCAGCCAUUUUGGUGGGCUCCAUGCCCAGGAAGGACGGCAUGGAAAGGAAGGACCUGCUCAAAGCCAACGUGGCCAUCUUCAAGAGCCAGGGAGCCGCCCUGGAGAAGUACGCCAAGAAGACCGUCAAGGUGCUGGUUGUGGGAAACCCUGCCAACACCAACUGUCUGAUUGCAGCCAAGUCUGCUCCCUCCAUCCCCAAAGAGAACUUCUCCUGCCUCACUCGCCUGGACCACAACAGGGCUCGCUCCCAGGUGGCGAUGCGCUGUGGCGUUCCUGCCACCCAUGUGAGGAAUGUGAUCAUCUGGGGCAACCACUCGUCCACCCAGUACCCAGACGUCCAUCACUGCUUGGUCAACAUGUCUGGUAGUGAGCUCGCCUGCUUUGAUGCAGUCAAGGAUGAUGCCUGGCUUAAAGGGGAUUUCAUCACUACAGUGCAGCAGAGAGGCGCUGCAGUCAUCAAGGCCAGGAAGCUGUCCAGCGCCAUGUCUGCAGCCAAGGCCAUCUGUGACCACAUGAGAGACAUCUGGACAGGCACCGCCGAUGGUGAAUUCAUCUCCAUGGGUGUUUACUCCUCUGGCAACUCCUAUGGAGUCCCAGACGACCUCAUCUAUUCAUUCCCUGUUCAGAUCAAGGACAAGACCUGGAAGAUUGUGGAGGGCCUGGCCAUCAAUGGCUUUUCCCAAACAAAGAUGGAUGCCACAGCAGCAGAGCUGAUUGAGGAGAGAGACACAGCUGUGGCUUUCCUGGGAGUAUGACUAGACCCCUUAAAGCCACCCAACCAGUACUUAGACAGCCCCAAAACUCCAGACGCACGCCUGUGAUAAAGCACUCCACCAACCCCUGCAUAACUCUUUAUGUGUGUGAGUGAGAGCGAGUGAGAGAGUGAGUUAGUGUUUAUGAGUGUAAAGUUGGAUUUAUAUUUGUGCGUUGGGAGGCUACAGCGUAGAAAUGAGCCUGUGCACACCUAGCUAAGCUCCACCUUUUUCAAACUGCACAGCAGCUACAGAGAUCUCAACUGGAGACAGUGAUUUGCUAGCUUGGGUUGCUUCUCUUUUGUUUCACAAACACUCAGUACUUGGGGGGCACCCUGGUAGCUCACCUUGCACCUGUGUACCACACAUCAAGUCCUUACCGCAGUGGCCAGGGCAGGGUUCAAGUCUGGCCUGGGCCCUUUGCAGCAUGUCCUCUCUCUUUCUGUCUCCCCUGUCUUUUCUAUCUCUCUACUGUCACUGUCAGUUAAGGGGGGGGGGGUCACCAGAUAUACCCUGUGAUCUGGCAAAGGCAUUUGCACUACAAACCUUCUACUUGCUCUGAUCUACACUGUCUAUUACAAAGUGGGUGGAAAAAAAGAAGGUAAUCAGGUUUACAUUGGCUAUAAGUGAUUGCCCGACCUUAGCUUCCAUUCAGUUGAGACUCCUACAGCAGGGCUGCUGUACACUGAUGCACAAAUAUAACUCCAACUAAAGUGAACAGUAUACUGAAAGUACACCAAAUAUGUUACCAGCUAUUUACAUACACUUUUCUCUGGGGGUAAGUGAAACAUGGAUGGUUGUUACAUAGUCAAUUGCAUUAACACUGGAAUGGAUAACUUUCAAAGUUGAAACAAUAAAAAAAUGAAACCAUGUA